GAUUGUGUCGGAAAAGAACUUUUUUUCCCCCAAGCGCUGGAGAAGUUUAAAGAAGACCGUUCUCUGCCUUCUCUUCAGUUAUCACCAUGGCUCCUUACUUCAUCUUGCAGUGGAUCCUAAUGGUCCUAUUUACAGGUCUCACGGUGUCAGGCUCUCCAGUGAGAGGAGUGGUGGGUCAGAACGUCACUUUGCCCUGUAAAUACCGAGUUAAUCACCAAAAGGACAUCACCACAAUGUGCUGGGGCCGGGGCAGCUGUCCUUCUUCCCAAUGUUCUCAGACAAUUCUCUGGACAGAUGGACGGAGGGUAACAGAGCCUCAGUCCAGCAGGUACCGGUUAGAAGGGAAUCUCGCUCAGGGGGAUGUGUCCCUCACCAUAGUGAAUGCGGCAGAAGCAGACGGAGGGGUGUACUGCUGCCGUGUGGAGAUCCCUGGUUGGUUCAAUGAUGAGCGGCACAAUCUGGAAGUUGUGAUUGAGACAGCUAGGACCUCCACUUCAGGCCCUCACGCUUACACAUCUGAACACACCUCAGCUGCUGCGAAUGCCAGUGACACGUCUUCCACCAUCACCCCACAAUGGCCAUUGGUUUUCAGUUCGGAAGCCCCUGAGGAUGUUUCAAUACAGACUGUGUUGACAUCAAUCCGUCAGCUAAUGGAGCCAGAAUCCACGGGGACAGGGAUGCAUGUUGGAAUCAGCAUUUUUGUGGUACUUCUAGUCAUCCUGGUUUUGGCCCUAAUUCUAUCCAAAAGGUAUUUCCCCAACAGACAGAAGCUGAAGACUUUGGCAAGCUCAGUCUCAUUUUCCAACGCAGAACAAGGAGGCUUCCAGAGCAGGUUGGAAGCUGGGGUCCAUGCAGAAGAGAACAUUUAUACGAUGGACUCACACGGUGUGUCUGACAUGACAGUAAGAGCGAAGGUGGGGCAGUCUGUCAGGCUCCCCUGCACCUACAGCGUUAGAGAAACGCAUGACCUCCGUGUCAUGUGCUGGGGCCGGGGGAUCUGUCCGUCAUCUAAAUGCAGCAGUGAAAUUGUUCGCACUGAUGGGCAGAAGGUGAUAUCUAAACAGUCUGGCAGAUACCAACUCCAGGGUUCUAUCACCAAAGGGGAUGUGUCUCUGACUAUAAGGAAUGUGGACCACGAAGACAGAGGGACAUACUGCUGUCGCAUAGAGAUCCCUGGAUGGUUCAAUGAUAUCAAACGAAACCUGAAUUUGCAGAUUUACAGAGCACGCACUCCUCCCGCAAAAACAACCACAACUGCCCUCCCAACAUCCACUACUCUGCCCCUGAUAACCAGUACUGCACUCCCAACACCCACUGCUCCCCCAACGACAACCACAACUGCCCUCCCAACAACCUUUCCUUUCCCGACAACCAUUUUUCAGACAGCUUCUGCGUGCACUGAAGAUGAUGAUUUCAUUUUUUUCACAACAGAACACGUUCUCCCUACUGCAGAAUCACCAACUACAGAACUGAUCUCCGAGAGGACUGAAAAUGUCGAUCCUGCUUUCAUUACAGAAGGUGUUCUCAGUACAGUGACUGCAGAUGCCACUGUCCAAACAUCUACUGUGAGGCCUGAUCAUGUUCACACAUCCACAGACAAUCCAUUUGCUACAGGGACAGUUCCCCCAGUUACGGUCCAGACAGUCUCUGAGGCGAGUGAAGUGAAUGCUAUUUCUGAUGCUACAUUUCCCUGGACACCUGCGGGAGACUCGGUGAAAGAGGAACUCAGUGAAGAGACUUCAAAAGAUUCAAAACUCCAGUCGGAGGAAAGUGUAGAUAAUCCAGCACAGCACCUACAGAAUGAAAUUCCAACAGUAAUCAUCAGUGUGGUAGUGACGGUCAUUCUUCUCUUCACAUUCUUGCUGGUAGUGUUAUUGACAUAUAAACGCUCGAGGAAGUAUCAACUGCAUGUGAUAAAAAGCUCAGACUUAUCUGGAGAACAAAUUCCCAACGGAGUAGAAGAAGAGAAUACCCUUUUGACAAUGCAGCAGAUACCUGAUGGCCAUUCAGUAUCACAGGGAACAUGUCACGAUCCUGUGGAAUCCAGCAUCUAAAAAAGGCUCUUUCAUGCUAGGCUGGAAAAUAAGGAUUAAUUCCUUGCUAACCCUGGAAAUACUGAUGGGUUCAAACCAAAACCCAGAUCCAAACACCUGAACUAUGGGGACUGUAAAACCUAGAAGCAGAUUUUACUCAAAGGUUUUUAGGCACCUAACUUCCAGGGGAUCCCCUGAGGAUCUGGGCCUUUUCCUCUUGAGCCAUCUUUAAAACUGCUGGAUAAAGUGGCCUCUAUUAGAAGAUAUUUUACCCAUUGCUUGCAUCUCAGAAUUCUUAGUCUCUUAAACCCCAACCAGGGCCGGCUCCAGGCACCAGCCCACCAAGCAUGUGCGUGGGGCGGCGCCUGGAGGGGGGCGGCGCAGCGGAGCGCUCCGGCCCAAGAGCGGGGCCGCGCCGGGGAGAGCAGAGAGCCGCGGCGGACUCGCCGCUCUCCCCCCGGCGCUCUGGCUGCCAGGGGCUCUCCGCCCUCC